GAAUCACAACCGUCUAGUGCCUCAGAACCUCCAGCAGAUAAUUGCGACUCUGGGUUUAUACCAGGGAAUGAUACUUGGACACAAUGGCGCAAUAUCUUUGCUAUUAUGAUGGGGAAGAUGUCAAAUGAAGGAAUCGAACAGUUCCGUAUCGCGAGGGACGUUCGAAACGAAGCCGCAGAUUGCAAGCGCUGCGAGGAUCAACGAGACUAUCUACUACAGUGGAGUCCCGUAAUUCGUUAUCUGAGCGACAACAUUCGACAACUUGGAGGCGAUCUCUCUACUCAUAAUAUUUACUGCCGUCGGUGUACGAAUAGAAAAGCGGGAGGAUUUGAUCCUGAUUUCGGAAUUUUACUCUGCGCAAAUGAGAUGAAAGACCAGGGACAUCUUGAGGACACACUGGCCCAUGAAAUGGUCCACGCUUAUGAUCACUUGAGAUUUAGAGUUAACUGGACGGAUAACCUGAGGCAUGCAGCUUGUACUGAGAUUCGAGCCAGCUCGCUUAGUGGAGAGUGCAGAUGGGCACGGGAAUUCUUCCGACGAGGUCAAUGGAAAUUCACACAGCAGCAUCAAGAAUGUGUAAGAAGAAGAGCGAUCUUGUCAGUGCGGGCGCGGCCUACAUGCAAGGAUGAAGCUCACGCCGAGAAGGUUGUAAAUGAAGUUUGGGACAGCUGUUUCAGAGAUAUGCGGCCGUUUGAUGAAAUCUACCGAUGAUACCAUGGUCUCUUGUAUACUCCUACUCCUUGUUCUAUUUCUGUACUUGAAAUUUCCACGUGUAUUAUAUUUAAUGGAACCAGUGUAGAAAUGACAACUGACACCCAUGUUUCUCA